GACGAGAAUGUGAAACCAAGAUGGCCGGAUCAGGUACCCGUCAGAUAUGUUCAACCACUAUGAAAAUGUUUAUAAAAUGCAUUUUUGAUGAACCCUUCAAGCUGAAAAGCUUCCUAGCAAACUGUCGGUAACAUGACGUGAUCUUGAAGUGGAAAUUACAUUUGUUCGAACGGCAAAUAUGGCCGAAAACAAGAUCAAACGAAUGCUCCUGUUGUCUUUGUUUGCUCUUUUGUGUGUUGAAUAUUCAACGGGUAAAUCGGUCGUCGUUAAUUUGAACUUGGCUCCUGAAUGGAAAAGAGAAAUAACACAAAGGGCGUCGGACUACGUUCAGCACAUUAUACUUCCAUUUGUGUCCAGGGAGCUCAAUGACUUGCCAGUGCCCAGUGUUUCAGGAACAAUCAAGACUCCACUGGGAGAUGUUCAGUAUGAUCUAAACAAGAUCAAGUUGUCUAAUGUUGCCAUUGGGAAAUCCAAUGUGUCUCUAUUACCUGAGCAUGGCUUACGGAUUACUGCUGACAAAGCUUCUGGAAAUAUAGGAGCAGUUUGGCACUACAAAGAGAGUUCCUGGCCUCACAUCUCUGAUUCAGGAUCAUGCGACCUGUCAAUCACAGAUUUAUCACUUGGAAUGGCUUUCUAUGUAGAUGGUGAUUUGGGAAAGAAUCAGGGGAAAGUCAGCGCCAAGGACUGUGUGAUGAAGAUUGGCUCCGUGCAUGUCAAGUUUAAAGGAGGUGCAAGUUGGCUGUACAAUUUGUUUGCUGAUGAAUUGGCAGCAAGUCUCAAAGACCAACUGUCUGACCAGAUCUGCAAGACUGCAAUCAGCCUUAUUAGUGCUAAAGCCACAAAGGCCUUGGAUGCUUUCCCCUCAAUAAUGAAGAAAUUUACUGGAGCUUAAAUACUGGAGGGAUGGAAGGAAAAGGAACUGCACUGCUUCAAACAAAAUGUUAUUCAUAGACAAGUAGGAAGUACUUAAAAAUUAUAGCAAUCUGAUCUGCAGAGAAAUUGUCGCUGUCAUACAGCAUUCUAAUUCUUGUUGUACUGAUUGAAAGCAGUUCAUGUUAAUUUAUAAAUUAAUUAUCAAAAUUAAUCAAACAAUGAAGUAAUAUAUUAUUUGCAAUAAUUUGCCAGAUAUUAAAAAACUAGAAAUUAAAGAGCAGGGAAUUACAAAAAAUAACUUUGGGUAAAAAUGACUGUAUGGCCCAAAAUCAAAACUGACUAUGUUUUUUUCUAUAAAGGGACGAAGAAAUUGACCAUCGGUAGUCAGAGUUUUAUAUAAUUAUUAAUAAUUCAACAAAAGCUUACUUUAAUAUUGUUAGCAUCAGUAUUUUGUAGUUCCGAUAUCCAUACCCAUAACCCACCAUAUUGAAGGUCACUGGAAAUACCAAGAGGGCAGGGCCAGGAAUUUGAGGUGUGGAAAGUUCAAAUCAGAAAACCUGUCAUGGGAGGUAUGGAUUUUUCUGAACACCUGUGCACCAUACUACUGCCAAUAAAAAAGUUUUGACAUCUUGACAACCAUCUGAUGGUGUCAGU